GGCGCAGUGGAGCCCUGCCUUGGCUCCAACGGGGAGGUCCCGGAUUUAAAGGGGCCGCGUCACGGAAAUGUCCCGCCGGGCCAAAGAGGAGUACCAGCGUUUCUACACGGUCACCGAGCCCCGGGGACACCCCAAGGGACACACCGAGUACAAAGUGACCGCCAAGUUUGUCUCUAAAGUGAAUCCAGAAGAUGUCAAGGAGAUCGUGGUGUGGAAGCGGUACAGCGACUUCAAGAAGCUGCAUUCGGACCUGGCCUACACGCACCGGAACCUCUUCCGACGGAUGGAGGACUUCCCGUCCUUUCCGAGGGCCCAAGUCUUCGGCCGUUUCGAACCGGAGGUGAUCGAAGAGCGUCGCAAAGCGGCAGAGGUCAUGCUCCGCUUCACGGUCCACAUCCCGGCUUUGAACAACAGCCCGCAACUCAAGGAGUUCUUCCGGGGAGGGGAAGGGAGGAAGCCCCCCGAAAACUUCAACCUGCCGCCUCUUCCGCCGCCUCUCAUUCCUGCGCCGCCCGAAGCCAUAGAAGCGGGAGAAGAUGCCUUGCGGUCGGUCCCCGAAGCGGAGUAUCUGGAUAGCAAACCGGAGCGGAGCCAAACGCCGGAAACCGAUGACCGAGGUCCCGGUGCAAGGAGUCCCGCUCUGCCCAUUAAAAGCAAUGACGACGAAGCUUUGGACGCCCUUUUUGCGUACGGAGGGGAAGAGGAAGAAGAGAAGGAUGGAGUGCCGAGUGCGGAUUCACCGCCCCGCUGCCCUUUGUCGGUCCAGGAACUGGCCCUCUUCGACCCCUUCUCCAAAGAAGACUCUGAAACUGCAACUGUGUCUCACGAGGAAGAGCUGGCGGCUCUAGACGCUUCGGACUGCAGUCCGGCACGGAGCGCCAUGCAAGCCAAUGAUGGAGAGGCCGGCGGCUACUUGGCCCUGGCCAUUGAACGCAUCCAACGGGCCUCCGAGAGCGAAGUGGCCCACGACUACCAGGAAGCCUUUCGCGGAUACCGCAGCGGAGUGGACUUGCUGCUCCAGGGGAUGCAAGGAGAUCCGAACGAGGCCCGUCGGGAGGCAGUGAAGAAGAAGACGGCCGAAUACCUGCAAAGAGCCGAGGAGAUUUUCCAGCAGCACCUAAAGCACCUUGAGCUGUGAGCGGAGCGCUACGUCUCCCAAUGGAAGCCCCCCCUUUUCCGUUUCGUUGCAGCACCUUUUGCAAGGUCUUCUUUUGUUGUGUUGUUGUGUUUUUGUUUUUUAAGAAAAUAAAGCAUCUCACCUCCUG